AGAGAGAGAGAGAGAGCGACUCACACAUUGAGUGAGUGGGGAGACAGCAGACUGAAUGUACGCCAGACUGAGCAGACGAGGCAUAUUUCGGGCGCACAUUAGGAGUGCGUAAAACCGCAGGAGCAUAGAAACAUAGUACCCGGUGAUUGUAUGUUGGAUAAUACGACUUCGGAGUCGCUUAGUUGUCGACUUUAAUUGCGUGUGCUUACAGGAACUGCCCUAUGAUUUCAGCAGCUCUCAGUUUUCUGAAUGGACGCGCUGGGAAGCUUCUCCGGUGACAUGGAAGUGCGCGUUAUUGAGCGUGUAGCCGGAUGCUGAGGACGCCCGACCCGAUAAGUCGAUUUCAGCUCGCAUUUUGAGUUUUGAACUCUCUUCUCUAACCGACAACAUGGAGGGCACGAGCUUCCAGCCCCAUCCUGGACUUCAGCAAACUCUGCAGCAGUUUAAUCUGAGUUCCAGGCGCUCCCUCGGUGGACCGGCGGCGUUCUCCGCUCGAUGGCACCAGGACUCACUCUUCGGGAAAGAUGGCAAAUCCGUCGAGAUGAUGCUCACCCUGCCGGCUCAGACACCUCCAGUGAUGUCCGGUCCACUUUUCAUCCCGUCCGACCGCUCCACCGAGAGGUGCGAGACGGUGCUGGAGCGGGAACCUAUCUCCUGCUUCGUCGUCGGUGGUGAGAAACGACUGUGCCUACCGCAGAUUCUCAACAGCGUUCUCAGAGAUUUCUCCCUCCAGCAGAUCAACUCGGUCUGCGACGAUCUCCACAUCUAUUGCUCCAGGUGCACGGCGGACCAGCUAGAGAUCCUCAAAGUGGUGGGUAUCUUGCCCUUCUCGGCACCGUCCUGUGGGCUUAUCACUCAGACGGAUGCUGAACGGCUUUGCAACGCGCUCAUCUACGGCGGUACUUACCCUCCUCACUGCAACAAGGAGUCGGGCUCUCUGGAGUUGGAGCGAACCGAGAAAAGCUUCAAAGUGUAUCACGAAUGUUUUGGUCGUUGUAAAGGCCUGUUUGUCCCGGAACUGUACACCUCUCCGGGUGCCGCCUGCAUCCAGUGCAUGGACUGCAGACUCAUGUACCCACCUCACAAGUUUGUUGUCCACAGUCACAAGAGACUAGAGAACCGGACAGUCCACUGGGGCUUUGAUUCGGCCAACUGGCGGGCUUAUGUGCUCUUAGAUCCGGACUACACCGGGAAAGAGGAGAAGAGUCACCUGGAGAAGCUGCUCAAAGAGUUAAAAGGAAAAUUUGAUCUGACGGGAAAACGGUCCAGUAAAUCUUGCAGAUCUCCCAGCCCCAUCCGAGCCAAGAGGUCCAAAUUCGACAAAUUGCAGUCAGCUGACAAAGACAGGAAACCCGAUUGGCUCCAGUCACUGUCAAAGUCUGCACACAAGGAUCUGAAACAGGUCCAACUAAAACAGAGGCCCUCUGCUUUCCGCCCCUGGUCUCCUAAGCCAGCAGAAAAAGAGAAACCGGCCAAGAAUGAGGUGGAGAGGUCGUGCUCGAGGAAUCAGGAGACACACAAUUUGGCAUUUGCCCACCUGGCCCCUGCGGUCCAUCCCAAGGACAGCAACACUCCUGACAGGGGGACAGCUGCCAUUUCCGUGCAGGAGCUGCAUAAUGGUGACGCACAGCCUACAACAAAGCCGGCCCACUCCAGCAACACCAACCGAGCCGAAGACAUGGACACAGAUGGAGAGAUUGAUGUGGAUGACUGUGAUGAUGGUCCAGUGCAGUCUUCCUCCCUGGCUUCACCUCCGUCUGCCUGCACCAGUGUGUCUCAGACUCUGACUCCUCAGAGCAUGGCUCGGGCUCAGGAGAGGCCUUCCUGGCUGCCAGGGACUGUUUGCCCAGAGAUGGACACCAUGAGACAGAUGUUGUAUGCUGGUCUUGACACCAAGGAGGCGCGGGAAAAACUCCUGCAGGAGAUUGUCAGGAUGAGAGUGAAGCAGGAGGAGAAGCUGGCAGCUGCUCUUCAAGCUAAACGCAGCCUUCAGCAGGAGCUGGAGUUUGUGAGAGUGGCUAAGAAGGGGCGUCUUCGCGAGGCCAUCGAGGCCAAGCGCAACCUGCGAAAGGAGAUCGAACGCCUUCGCGUGGACUGGGAGAGGAAGAUGAGGGAUGCGGAGGAGUCUUGUGGGCGGCUGAAGAGAGAGCUGGAGAGAGAGAGACAGCAGCGAGUUUGCGAUAAAGGCUGCGAAGCCGAACGCCUCCGGGUCAAAUACUCUACUCAGAUUGAAGAGCUUCAUGUGCAGCUGCAACAGGCAGAAGCCGAUCGUGAGCAGCUGAGACGGGAGCUGCAGCAGGAGAGAGAAGCUCGACAGAGCCUGGAAAGCGUCGUCAAAGACCUGCAAACCCAGCUGGCCCUGCAGGCCGGCGGCAUCCUUCCUGGAGAAUGCAAGGACACGAGCACAGAGGCGCACAGACAGACCGCACAACCCACCAACGGAUCCUAAAGUUGCACAUUUAAAACGAGACAGAAAGAUUCAGUAAAAGGAGCAUGCUUAAGGGGGAAAAGAAACGAAGAGUGUUUUUGGUAUGGGGGAAAAAAUUAGUCAUAUACAUUAUGAUACAGUAUACGUCAUUAUUAUUAUGACAUUAUGAAUUUUAUCAAAUGAACUGGAAA